UGGGCAGCGCGAUCCAGGCGCGGAUCCCUUGGAGCCACGAACUCAUCGGGCUUGCUAAAGUCCCUUUCCUCCCCGCCGGACCGGAGUCCCAGGACUUGGGGGUGGGAUUAAUGAGCUGCCCUAUUUCCCAAAGCAGGACCUCAGUAGUUGGCAUGGUGGACAUUUCACGAGUCUCCUUUUUCAUUUACAAGACCAGUAAAUACUGAGUCUUUGUUGAUAGUCCCGAGCAGUCUUUGUUUCUCGUCGUGUGUGUUCUCAUCAGUUAUCCUUCAUAACUUGAACUGCCUCUACCCCGUAACUCCUAGAUCUGCACUCUCCACCAAGCUGCAGAUCCACGUGUCUUCAGGUCGCCGUGUGUUUCAUUGAGCGUCUGUGGUUCUUAUCUGUGAAAGGAUUGGGUGUACUAGGAGCUGCAUAGCCACUUCUCAAGUGGAAGUCCAGGUGAUGUUUGGAGACGGAAAUAGUAAGCAUCCAGGGAAUUCAGAUCAUUGAGUUGCUUGGACCACCUUGAGGACUCUGAUUCAUUGAGUCAGCUGAUACCAGAACAUGAAAAGUAGUGUGGCACACAUAAAAUAUUCUUCUGGCCAUGACAGAAGAGAAAACUAUAGUUCCUAUGAGAGAACCUCCUCUCCAGAAGACAGAUACACAGAACAAGAAAGGUCCCCCCGAGGCAGAGAUCACUCUGAUCACAGCAGGUCAGACUAUGAACGCUCAAGAAGAGCGCAUUCUUACGACGACAGUAUGGAAUCACGAAGCAGGGACCGAGAAAAACGCAGAGAAAGAGAUAUGGAUCGGAAACGGUCCCGGAAAUCUCCAUCUCCUGGAAGAAGCCCAGAACCACCAAUGAGCCAGAGUUCUGCCCAGGAUGAGCCUUCUACCAAGAAGAAGAAAGAGGAGCUGGAUCCUCUCCUCACUCGCACAGGCGGGGCAUACAUUCCUCCUGCAAAGCUCAGGAUGAUGCAAGAACAGAUUACAGACAAAAACAGCUUAGCAUACCAGAGGAUGAGCUGGGAGGCCCUAAAGAAAUCGAUCAAUGGUCUUAUCAACAAAGUCAACAUUUCCAAUAUAAGUAUUAUCAUUCAAGAGCUACUUCAAGAAAAUAUUGUUCGAGGAAGAGGACUGCUGUCUAGAUCAGUUUUGCAAGCCCAGAGUGCUUCUCCCAUCUUCACUCAUGUUUAUGCAGCUUUGGUGGCAAUUAUCAACUCAAAAUUUCCACAAAUUGGAGAAUUAAUCCUCAAGAGGUUAAUUCUUAAUUUUCGGAAAGGGUAUCGAAGGAAUGAUAAGCAACUUUGUCUGACAGCUUCGAAAUUUGUGGCACAUCUUAUUAACCAAAAUGUCGCACAUGAAGUUUUAUGCUUAGAGAUGCUGACUUUGCUAUUGGAAAGACCAACAGAUGAUAGUGUUGAAGUAGCUAUUGGUUUUCUUAAAGAAUGUGGCCUCAAAUUAACACAAGUGUCACCACGAGGGAUCAAUGCUAUCUUUGAGCGCCUUCGAAACAUCCUGCAUGAGUCUGAAAUCGACAAAAGAGUCCAGUACAUGAUUGAGGUGAUGUUUGCAGUACGGAAAGAUGGGUUCAAGGACCAUCCAGUUAUCCUGGAAGGACUUGACUUGGUGGAAGAAGAUGAUCAGUUUACCCAUAUGCUCCCUUUGGAGGAUGACUAUAAUCCAGAAGAUGUUCUUAAUGUCUUCAAGAUGGAUCCUAAUUUUAUGGAGAAUGAAGAGAAGUACAAAGCUAUUAAGAAGGAAAUUCUUGAUGAAGGAGACAGUGAUUCAAACACAGAUCAAGAUGCUGGAAGUAGUGAAGAUGAGGAAGAAGAGGAGGAGGAAGAAGGAGAAGAUGAUGAAGAAGGACAAAAAGUGACUAUUCAUGAUAAAACAGAAAUUAAUCUAGUCUCAUUUCGUCGUACAAUAUAUCUUGCUAUUCAAUCAAGUUUAGAUUUUGAAGAGUGUGCUCACAAAUUGCUGAAAAUGGAGUUUCCUGAGAGCCAAACAAAAGAACUUUGUAAUAUGAUACUUGAUUGCUGUGCCCAGCAAAGGACUUAUGAGAAGUUUUUUGGCUUACUAGCUGGGCGAUUUUGCAUGCUGAAAAAGGAAUACAUGGAAUCAUUUGAAAGUAUAUUCAAAGAACAGUAUGAUACCAUCCAUCGCUUGGAAACAAACAAAUUGAGAAAUGUUGCUAAGAUGUUUGCUCACCUUUUAUAUACUGAUUCACUUCCAUGGAGUGUUCUUGAAUGUAUAAAACUGAGUGAAGAAACCACUACAUCAUCCAGUAGAAUUUUUGUCAAAAUAUUUUUCCAGGAACUGUGUGAAUACAUGGGUCUUCCUAAGCUCAAUGCAAGACUAAAGGAUGAAACCCUCCAGCCAUUCUUUGAAGGACUGUUACCCCGAGACAACCCAAGAAACACUCGGUUCGCCAUCAACUUCUUUACUUCUAUAGGCCUUGGUGGUUUAACGGAUGAAUUGCGUGAGCAUCUUAAAAAUACACCAAAGGUCAUCAUAGCACAGAAGCCAGAUGUGGAGCAGAACAAGUCCCCGACCUCUUCUUCCUCAGCAUCAUCAUCUUCAACAUCGGAGUCCUCAGACUCAGAUUCAGAUUCUGACAGCAGUGAGAGCAGUUCAGGGUCCUCCAGUGAGGAGAGCAACUCUUCGUCCUCCAGUAGCCAGAGCUCUGCCUCAGGUAAAGACUUAAGGAAGAAGAGACAAGGGAAGGCCAGAAGUAAAGAAGUACACAAAUUGACCCAGGACAGACAAGCCAGUGAUCGGAGACAAGAAGAAAGAAGAAGAGAACAAAGGCACCAGGGGACAAGGACUGAGAGAGAAAGAAGGCCAGAAAGACAUAGGGAUCAAAACUCAAGAGAUCCAACGUGGAGAGAUCCCAUAGCAAAAUACACAUCAGACAGAAGUGCCCCUCCUGAAGGAAAUAGCUACUCUAGAGUUGGGAAUGACCGAGACAAGGAAAUGUAUGCAGAUUUGGAAAAUAAGCAUGGUGAUCCAAGAAAGAAGAGAGGAGAGAGAAGAAAUUCAUUUUCUGAAAAUGAGAAACAAAGAACCCGAAAUCAGGACAGUGAACAUUUUAGAAGAAAAGAUCGAUCAAAGUCAAGGGAGAGAACUAAAAAACACUCAAGCUAUAGCAAUGAUGAAGAUAGGUAUCAGAAUGGUGCUGACAGACGUUGGGAAAGAUCUGACAGAUACUCUGAACAUUCCAGAGAGUUAAAGAAAAGUCAGGACCGGAGAAGAGAAAAGUCACCAACAAGGCAAAAAUAAUUCUGUGAAAUAACAUAAAUUGGACAUGCCUUAUACUUAGUUCAAAUGAAGUAUUUUUACAUUAAUGAACUUUAUAGAGAACCUUGUAUAAAAAGACUUGUUUGCAUUUGUAAAUUUUAAAACUGUUUUCAUUUCAGUGUAUUUUAUAAUUGAUGUAUCUCACAGUCCUACAUGUAAAAUUAUUGGGACAAAAAGAUUCUGAACAGAAAAGGAAUGUAAGUCUUGUU